CUCCCUCUCGUCGGUGCCUGCCGUCUGCUACUAUUGCCGCUUCCCUCCGUCCACCAAACCUAAGCUCAUCUGGAAAUACCCAAAUCGCCCCUACGGUAUCCGCCCGUUCUCGCUCUUCUUCACGGAUUUACCCAAAGAUUGAGGGCGAUUUGGUCAGUCUUCCUUAGAAAGAGUCGCCCCCAAGGCAUACGUUCCGCCAUGGCUUCAAUGCUUGUCGCCUGACAGACUUGAGGAGAAGAAGGCGACGACGAGGGAAGGAUCGACGAGGAGGGUGGUAGUAGGAAGAAGGAAAUCAAUUGGAACCCAAGAAGAGAAAGGUGGUGGAUUGUGCGGCCUGCCCUCUCUGCUUCUUCAUCCUCUCCAGGCUGCCUUCGAGCAGCAGCCGCACCGUUGCGACUUGCGACCUGCUCAGGCGCCGGCAUCGAUCCGGAUUUGGGACUCUUCCAGCAGCUAGCCAUGGUUAGCAUAAGACGAAGAAGAUCUCUGGGGCUCUGUUCUGGAAAAAGUUCCUCUCUUGUGGUGGUUCCUAAGCCCACUGAGAUUCGGACUGCUGAUGAAAAUUCAAGUCAGCAUGUAAGGCCAGUUAGUGUGCAUCCUAUGCCUUCAGUGGAGACGAAUCUUCAACAACUGGUAAACAAGUCUGAAAUGUAUCUUGGAUCCACAGACGAGAUCAAGAAAGAAGAGCUAAACCCAUGUUAUCCAGGUAAAGAAAUAAAACGCAGAAAACGACAUAGGAGAAAACACUAUGAAAACCAGGAAGCGUGCAUUAUGAGAGGGGUUUAUUUCAAAAAUAUGAAAUGGCAAGCAGCAAUAAAGGUUGACAAGAAACAGAUACAUUUGGGGACUGUUGGAUCUCAAGAAGAGGCUGCUCGACUAUAUGACAGAGCGGCUUUCAUGUGUGGGAGAGAACCCAAUUUCGAGCUCUUGGAGGAGGAGAAACAGGAACUAAGGCAAUACAACUGGGAAGAGUUCUUGUCGAUGACACGCAGUGUGAUCAACAACAAGAAGAAUCAGAGGAAGCUUAGUCCAGGGAAGCGAAAAAAGUCACUAGAGACUCAGAUUUCCAGUAGCAACUGCGAACAGGAAGGAGGCAGUCAUGAUUCAUCGAUGUCUGAGGAUGACGAAGAUAUUGAUGCCGAUGGAUCUACCUUGUGAUCCUAUCGAUGCUUGAAACUUAGAAUACUACUCUCAUAAUUUUAUUUAUUGAGGCUAAUUUAGACAUGUGCAUAGUUCAUCAUCUCUACAAUCAUCUCAUAGAUUUAUCGCUAAUUAAUUUGCUUCAUGUAAAGGCCCAUAAUAAAUAGAUCGAGUUAGAUUCAGAUAGGAAUUUCUUACUCAUGCAUUCGAUCAUUGUUAACAUUCUGAAGUUGCAGCAUCAAUUUUAUCUUGGUUGCUGCUCCAGGGUUGCUCCUGAGGUGGAAAUGUAAAUCUCAUUGAGGACUUCUCUGUAGAAUUAAAGUUGCAUUUCAAACA